AUGUUGAAUACAUUUGAUUCACAACUAAAAUCAAUUCUUCAACCAUUGUCAUAUUCAGGUGAUACGAAUAAUGGAGAUCCUGUAUUAGCUGCUGUACAAGCAAAUGAUGAAAAUACUCUUCGUAUUCUUAUACGUGCUGGUUAUUCAAUUAAUACAAUUGAUCCAUUAAAUGGACGAUCACUUCUUCACACAGCAACAUAUCUUGGUCAUACAGAAAUUGUACGACGUUUACUUAAAGAAGAAGUGAAUACUUCAUUAUAUGAUCGAGAUGGUAAAACAUCUCUUCAUGUUGCAGCUGCAUAUGGUUAUAGUCAAAUUUUAACAUUACUUCUUAAUUAUGAAACUCAUGUUGAACAUUUAGAUUACGAUAAUAAUACUCCAUUGCAUAUGUCAUGUAAAUUUGGUCAUAAUGAAUGUUGUCGUUUAUUAAUUUAUGCUGGUGCUAAUUUAAAUCCAAUUAAUCGAGAUGGUGAUACUCCAUUACAUUCUGCUAUUCGAUAUAAACAUGCAGGUUGUACAGCAAUAUUAAUUCAUGCUGAUGCAUCUUUAAAUAUUCGAAAUGGUCGUUAUGAAUUACCAAUUGAAUUAGCAAGACGUUUAGGUCAUCAUAAAAUCUAUACUAUUAUUCUUCAUUGUCUUUCAUUAUCAUCUCAAUCAAAUUCAUCUGAACAAAUAUCAAUUCCUAAUUCAUCAAUAACAUUAAGUGAAUUUGAACAACAAUGGCGUCAAUUUCAUUUACUUAUUCAAACACGUAUGCUUGCUAAUCAACAUCAACUUGAAGAACAAAUUGAUUCAUUAAGAGAUGUGCUAGAUAAAAAUCAAUUAAAACAAUCUGUUAUUCAUCGAAAACUUCAAACAUUAACUAAUUUAUGUAUGCAACAAAAUCAACAAGCAUAUCAGUAUGACACACUUUUUUGA